UUGGACAAAAAAAAACACACAACUCCAAUCUUACAUUUCGUGCUCACUGAGUACAUCUGGUUACGUUGGACAUAUUUACACACCAAUGUAAUAUAUUUGGACGCAUUUCUUUUCAACUCUCAAAGACCGUGUAAAUCAACUACGUCAAGCUCACCUCCAGUACUUCAAGUAACGAUACAUAAGGCACAGAUACACAUUUUGAGUGUAAAAAUGUAAGAGACAAUCUAUACAAACACAGGUGGAGAAUCCAACAAUGCAGACCAUGGAUAUUGACAAAGACACAUAUGCCAACAAGCCCAGAAAAAAGGAUUACAUCGGUGUUACAUUUUCAGCUAACUUUCAGUGGUGGAAGAGACCAUCCGGAGUUGCUGCAGUGUGUCUGGGGCUGCUGUGUGUUCUCCUAUUGGCUGGGAUCAUAGGCCUGUCUGUCUACUAUACCCGAGUCAUUGGUCAUUACUACUCUGCAGAGAGAUUCCAGACGUCCAGUUUGAACAACCUGACUAAAGAGAGAGACCAGCUAAAGACCAGUUACACCACCCCAACUAAAGAGAGAAACCAGUUAAAGACCAGUUACAACACCCUGACUAAAGAGAGAAACCAGUUACAGACCAGUUACAACACACUGACUAAACAGAGAGACCAGCUACAGAUCAGUUACAACACCCUGACUAAAGAGAGAGACCAGCUACAGAGCAGAUACAACAACCUGACUAAAGAGAGAGACCCGCUACAGAACAGUUACAACACCCUGACUAAAGAGAGAGACCAGUUACAGACUAGAUACAACACCCUGACUAAAGAGAGAGACCAGUUACAGACCAGUUACCACACCCUGACUAAAGAGAGAGACCAGUUACAGACCAGUAGUAACAACCUGACUAAAGAGACAGACCAGCUACAGACCAGAUACAACACCCUGACUAAAGAGAAAAACCAGUUACAGACAAGUUCUAACACCCUGACUAAAGAGAAAGACCUGCUACAGACCAGUUAUAACACCCUGACUAAAGAGAGAGACCAGUUACAGACCAGAUACAACACCCUGACUAAAGAGAGAGACCAGUUACAGACCAGAUACAACACCCUGACUAAAGAGAGAGACCAGUUACAGACCAGUAGUAACACCCUGACUAAAGAGAGAGACCAGUUACAGACCAGUAGUAACACCCUGACUAAAGAGAAAGACCAGCUACAGACAAGUUACAACACCCUGACUAAAGAGAGAGACCAGUUACAGACCAGUUACAACACCCUGACUAAAGAGAGAGACCAGUUACAGACCAGUUACAACACCCUGACUAAAGAGAAAGACCAC